AUGUUGCGGCAGCCCGAAGAAGCGGGGGGCGCUGUCAGCUGGGGAGCGGGGCGCACGUCUGCGCCUCAACGCAAGGCACCACCUCUCGCGAGACUUUCUCAGAACUCCCAGUGGGCGCUGGGGCGGGAAAAGGGCGCGCUGGCCAAUAGGAGAGCGCGAGUGGUGGUGCUCGCGGGCAGGGUGGUAGCGACGGCCUGUGGCGCAACGUCGCAGUUACGUCCAGCCCGGUUGGCGUCCGGCUCGUUUGUUCAUGCUGAAGCAUUCCAGGGUCAACUUGAGUCAACAACAAGCUCUGCACUAAAAGAGGUUUACAGCUUAGGAGCAGCUCAGUAUAUCGAGGAGAGAUUGCUGCCAGCAUACAGAGCUCGGGAGCAGAGAGCAGUGAACAACAAUUUUCCCUUUUCUUCUUAUGACAACAGACACUGUCUGCACAACUUCGGAGAGUAUUUUGAUUUUGGUAUGGGCCAGAGGAAGGCGGAACCGGAAAGAGGGCAACAGAACUCCCAGAACUUUCAGCUAUGGGCUCAUGAAGCAGUUCCUAGCAGCAAGGAUGGCUUAACCAUUUAUCAGACAUCAUUUGUGAAAAAUCAAAAAGCCGAGGGCCCAUUUUAUCGGCGAUACCCGAAACACCACUCAGAAAAAUGGUGCAGUGGCAAACAUGCUCCUGAGAGUGAAAAAAGCUGCGGCCAAAACAAGUCACCUUGA